AUGUCGAAGGAGGAGCGCCUUGCGUCUUUUCUUGACAGAAUUACGGAUCUGUGUUUCACCAUUUCGGAGUUGGGAAGUGGCGGCUCUGAAGGGGAGGUUGGGAAGCCUUCCACCGGUGCAUUGAGCCCGGAGGCCCCUGCGUUUACUCCUGCAAGUAAGGGGAAGGAGCAGGUUUCGGGAGCCAAUGUUGUUGGUGCCGCUCCUCCCUCGAAGUUCGAGAACAAGGAGAGUGAUCAUAAUAUUCGGCAGUGGUUGCCAAUGAUUGAGGAGUAUCUUGCCGCUACUCCCAAUGCGGAUUAUCUCGGGUUGGCGUCUCCCUACCUGAAUGGGAAGCCAAGGUCCUAUUGGAUCUCUCAGUGGGAGGCGUGGCAGGCAGCUAACCCUGGAGCGUAUCCUGGGGAUGCUGCCAACACAGGGAACUUUGCUGAGAUUGCUCGUCAGUACUUCCAAGAGACCAUGAUCAGGAGCUAUGGUCUACGUACCCCCAUUCAGUCCUAUUGGGACACCUGGAACAAGUUGUUCCAGGGAUCCAAGAGUGUGGAGGAGUACAAUGUGGAGUUUAACCAGGCUAUGGUUAAUCUGCGUAAGGAGAUCACUGAUGAGGCUGUCAAGAUCGAGAGGUAUGAGUCUGGACUGCAGCCUGACCUGAGGGAGAUGUGUCGGACGUCCCCCACUAGUCAGCGUUGGGCAACUCUCAAAGAGCUCGGGGAGUAUGCGACCCUGAUGUGGCCAACCGUCCAACCAGUCCAACCGAGCGACCCCGGGCCAGUGUCAAACUGA